UGGUUCGUUCAGUUCAGCUCGGGCUGUGCCACUAAAAUCUCUUCCCCGGUGCAGCAACUUUGUAUUUGCAAUUUUUCAACAUAUAAAAAUCCAUAAUUUAUUUGCUGACUGGUGGUACAAUUAAUACUUAUCAGUCAUUAAAUAUUUAUCCAGCUAAUUUUUUUGUAGUAAAAACUCGUUAUGGUCGCACAAUAUAUUAAUUAUGCCGUCCUUGGCUGGACUGGUAAAAUAAAGUAAAUACACAAGUCAGCCAAUUGAGCUCAAUCAGGCUAAUAAUAAUAAUAAAUAAUUGAUUACAUAAUGUGUCUGCCUGCAUAGAACAUAACAAUUUGCUGGGGAAAGACUAAAGAAUGGUGUUUAUUAUUUCGACAUGAAUUUGUGCUUUAAAAUUUAAAUGUUAAUAUCAUUGUAAAGUUGUGCACGAUAAUGACGAGGAAGCAUAGUUCUGCUGCAGCAGUGAUGACCAAGAAAAUUGUUUAAUUGACCAUUUUAGUAAAAGACUGAAGACACGGGUAAAUUCCACAUUGUGGAGUCUGCAAUUAGCCAUGAGUUCGAAAUUCAAUGGAAAUCCGGGUCUAUACGAGUUUCUCGUUGAAGCAGAACUCCAACAAUACUACAACACUUUGAAGAAUGAGUUAAAGGUCCAAAACCCAUCCCAACUAAAGUAUGUGACUGAUGAAGACCUAGCACAGGUCGGAAUGUCACGCCCUGAGAUCAGAAGACUGAAAAAAUAUUUCCAGAGACACUUUCCUAGUAAUGUAUUGGCGAAAAUGAAAAAGAUGCUAUUGACGAGAGGAGAUAACCCAAUAUCGAUUGCAUCCUUAUCCAGUCAUACGCAGAGCUCAUUGGGAAAAUACUCUAGGACCGUUGCUCCAGGCCGUCAUAUUAUUCAAGCAGAUUCAAUUGUUACUAAUAAAACUCUUGGUUCAGGAGAGUUUGGAACGGUGCAACAAGGAGUGUGGACAGAUCACGAUGGACAAAGGAUUCAAGUUGCCAUCAAAUGUUUAAGUCAAGACAAAAUGGAAAAUAAUCCGGUCGAGUUUUUAAAGGAGGCAGCGAUAAUGCACGCUGUUGACCAUGAGCACAUUGUUCGAUUGUAUGGCGUUGUUUUGGACACUUCGGCUCUAAUGCUGGUAACCGAGCUUGCCCCUCUUCGCAGUUUGCUAGAGUGCCUGAAAGAACCAUCCAUGAGACCAAAUCUUAGUGUUCCUACUCUUUAUGACUUUGCAAUUCAAAUCUGUGCUGGAAUGGAGUAUUUGGAGUCUAAACGACUUAUUCAUAGGGAUCUGGCGGCUAGAAAUAUCUUGGUAUUUUCCCGAAAUAAAGUAAAAAUUUCGGAUUUCGGUCUGUCAAGACAAGUUGGAGUUGGAAAAGAUUAUUACCAAACGAAUUUCAAUGUCAAUUUGAAAUUGCCAAUUGCUUGGUGUGCACCUGAAUGCAUCAAUUUUCUCCGCUUCACAAGUGCGUCUGAUGUUUUUGCGUAUGGAGUAACCUUAUGGGAGAUUUUCACUUAUGGUUUCCAGCCAUGGGCCGCUUUAACGGGACAACAAAUUUUGGAAGCUAUUGACGAACCCAACUACCAACGUUUGGAAAAACCAGAAUGUUGCCCUCAUGAAAUUUACUACCAAAUCAUGCUUAAAUGUUGGCAACACGAUGCUAUCACCAGGCCAAGUUUUGCUGACCUUUCUACCAGACUUCUUCCAGAGUGUAAACCGGAACAAGUGCAAGCCAUUCGGGAGAGUGAGAGGCGAGGCCGACGAGAGUACUUGGAGUAUGACGCAGGAGAUAUCAUCUCAGUUCUUGAGAAAAAGUCAAACCAAGGAUCUUCUGAUGACAGUGGACUGCUUGUGUGGAAAGGAGUAUUAAAGGAUGGAAGAACUGGGCUUUUCAAUCCUGCCAAUACAAUCACAUACCUCGGGUCCAGUUUCCCAACAGUUAAAAAUAGUCCCUUCACAAGAAAUGAUUCCCGAUCAUCUUCAUUGAGGAAAGGUCGCAUUAGUGUUGACAUGAUUAGUGGUCCACAGGGAGAUUUCAAGCACACGGGGCAUUGUGGCCCGGACGGACAGUUUUUUGGCGAUAUAGCAUUCCUCGGAAACAAGUCAUGGGUCCCCAAGCAAGUAGUUCAAGUAGUUCCUCCGUAUAAACCUGAAUCCGGUGGUUCAGACACACUGUCUUCGGAUUUUGCUACUCCAAUUGCAAGACUUCCAGCCUGUUCAUCAAGUAAAACAAUGCAAGAAAUUGCUGGAGACUUGGCAUCUAGUGACACCGCCCCUCUCUUAUCGACAGCCGCACAAAUGAACAUGGAUGAAAAUGAUCACGAAUACCAUGAAAUAUCGGACGAGGAAAAUGAAAUUGUGGGAAGAAAUCGCGGAGAAAUGGGACACAGUAAUCCAGCUUUAAGUUCACAAUCGCCCCUUGACAGUCCUCGUUUUGAGAAAACCUUUGACCUGGGUCCCAGUUUGAUUGACGAAGUAUUUGGUGCCCUUCAACAAGAUCAUCCCGACGAAGCUCACAAUGUUCAGAACGAAUUAAGAGAAAUGGCUCGAUCGAAAAAGAAGUUUGCCACUGUGAAACCAAUAUCUUCCUCCGACAGGAAAACAUUGGAUCAUGCCAUUCAUUUAGCUAAUGAGCUUGCGAGUCGAUCAAUGUUGGAUUUAGAUAGACAUGGUAAAAGUGGUACGAAUCACUCGCUGGAUGAUAUCUCCUCGCCAAGGACUCCAAAUUCCCCGAGUCACAAACGCAAAUUUUCUUUUAUACUUGGAGGCGGGCGUAAUGAAAGAGAGCGAAGAAAUUACUCUCAAGAAGCUGCGUCAAUCCCCGAUAUACAAUCGACCUUAACGGAAGAAGCGAAAGAGGCGUAUAAUUCCUUAGUUGAUAAACCAUCGUUGGGUGCCCUAGGUUUUUUAACUCCUUCAUUUGAAAACAAGUCAAUGAGUUUCCAUUUCCCAGAAAAAAGUAGCUGUUCUUCAAAACAUUCAGAAUUUUUCGAGCUGGAACCUUCACAAAAACCCAGUAACCCCGAAAGUAUUUCGACCUCUUCAGCAAUCCAAUCUUCCAAUGGAUCGCAUUCUAUGGGCAUUGUUAGAAAGUCAAAACCUAGAAACCUCAGCCUUCCAGAUGAAAGGAUGGUCAUGAGUUUGGAACAUAAUUUUCAACAGCAGGCAAAUGACGAAGUUGACGGGAAUCCUUUGAGACUUUUGCGUCAAAGCAAAGGUCUUGGUGGAACAAACAAUGUACUUCCAUUACCUCCACGAGAUCGAUUUCAUAAACCUGUGCUCGGAGCCGUUGGAGGUUCUCAAUUUCCGCGCCACCAACGGAAACACCCUCUUCUUGUCCCAUCAAAAAUUCCAAUGUCAGAGUUCACUGGAACACCACCACCUCCUCCACCAAAACCGAUACGUCAAAACAUUAAAACUCAAGAACCGACAUCCAACGAGUUGAAUGGAAACUUGACCACGACGACGGAAAGUGAAACUACAUCUAUAGUUGAAGAGGAUAGUAAUAAUGAUGAAAGGCCACCAAGACCAACGACAGCAGCGACUUUAAUGAAAGAAGGAUUACCAAAAGAAGAGUCUGUUCUAUCUGCUGUGAUCGAAUCUCUGAGAAGGAAUCAGUCGCUAAAUACAUUCAGCAAUACAGCUGAUAAAAUUAAACUAUAUGAAAAUUUUGAAACGAGCUGUCCCGACGAACCCUCUCAAACUCCCGAAUUAUUGAAAGCGAAUUUGGAACCUACUCCUAUGAAACCACGAAUUCCUCGAGGAGAUUCCCCAAGUAAAGCAUCAUCUCAGGAUAAAAAUUCAAACCCCUUCCAACCUGUUCAUAAUCGCCGAGUUGCAAGCUUAGAUUUAGCACCCAACUUAAAUUCAGAACUUAAUUCAUCAAAAAAGUCCAACUUUGAAACAAAUUUUCAACCAGAUCAUGACUUGCUCAAAAUUCGAACUGUUCGAAGGAUUUUAGGGUCUUCUGCAAGUGACGAAGACUGCAAGUGGGCUGUUGAAUCGACUAACGACGCUGCUCAUGCUGUAAAAUUGCUUCGUCUAAAAAGCCUACUCCCAGAAACAUUGUUAGAAGACGGCGUAGGAAAUAUUGUCUCAGCUUUGGAGAUGUCACAUUGGGAUGUUGCUCUAGCUGCUGGAUUCCUUUUGGAUCGUGAUAAAGCCCGGUCCAGAGGAAAUGGCAAGACCAAAUGUCGAUCUGAAGCUACAAGUAGUCAUUCUAGAUCCGAAUACUCAUCUUUUGUAUAUAAUGACAAUUUUACCUCAUCGGAUUCCAAUGACACCACAGCCAACAAUAAUCAAUUCCAUUUAAGCACAACUCCUGCCGAUUAUAGCCAUUGCGCUGCUGGUGUUUCAGGCAAUUCUGUUGCAGAUGUAAAUAAUGAACAUAUCCGCCCAACUCGUGUCUAAAACACGCCAUGCAAUAAUGGUCGAAUUAGUGGACAUGUGUUGUAGCUACAAACUUUAAUCCUAUUACAUGAAUUCUCAUAAAAAGACUAAAUGAAACUUUCAUUUCAUGGGCAGCUUUGAAUUACGUGUCUUAAUAUGAUGAAUUAUUAUUAUUGUGCAUUGUGAACUGACCGAUACUUCCGAAAGUCAAGGGCAGCUUAUGAAUAAUUUAACAAUUUAGACAAAUAUAUCUUGGCCAUGCAUACAGUCUAGUUAAAUCCAUAGAGCAUUUUUUUGUAAAAACGUACCACUAACAAACUGAUGACAUAAUUUGUAUAUUUGUAAACUUGUAUUACGUACAAAAUAAAUAUUAAUGUUGAGUUGAUGAGGAA